GCACCUCUCAAAGCUCUAAUACCCAGAGAAAGGCAUAUAACAGUAGGGCUUCAGUUGACAUCUUUCCUUUUUUUUUUUUAAAGAUAUAAAUUUAGGUUAGCUACUAUUUCAACGUUCAUACAUUUAAAAUUUCAAAAUGCCAAAAUUAGAUCAAAAUCAGCUGAAGUCCCUUUCGGUAUUUGCCAAUCUGGACCACGUGAUUGUCAAACAAAAAGUUGAACUGUUGGAAGCAAUUGUUGGCUUCGAAACGAAAAACAAAUAUAUAGCAUUGGACGAAGUUGGACGACAGCUUUUUUCCAUAGGCGAGGAGUCUAGCUGUUGCUUCCGUCAGCUGUGUUCUUCCGGUCGGGCUUAUACCAUGCACGUGCAUGACGUCAACAUGAGCGAGGUCAUGAUCAUUCAGAGCCCGAUGAGGCCCUGUAUAGGGCCACUGUGCUUUGCUUGUUGUGAUUUGUGUAGCCACCAGAAUCAUGUGUUCUGUUGCCAGAAGGAGAUUGGCUACAUCAAAGAAGAACUUACGUUCGUCUGGUACAAUUUUGUUGUUUACAAGUCAGACGACAUGCCUGCCUAUACAAUCAAAGCGCCUUUAUGCCGAUGGGAUAGCUGCUGCUGCGAGGACGUGUUUCAAAUAUACGAGUACCAAGGGAAUGUACCCAUUGGGAAAAUAAGUAAAUCGUUUUCUGGUCUGGCCAAAGAAGUCUUCACUGAUGCUGACUUAUUAGGAGUCCAAUUUCCUAAAGAAAUGCACGUACGAGAUAAAGCUCUGCUCUUUGCUGCCGUCUUUCUCAUUGAUCUCAUGUUCUAUGAAAACAACAAAAAUGAUCCAAGAUAAGCCAUGAGCUAAAUGUGCCGCCAGUUGGCCACCUGGAUUACGUAACAUCCAUACAAUGAUAAUACUUAUACAUUUUGUUUUCUUUUCAGAACUAAAUAAGCAACGAAUAGUUCAAUGGUAGAUGUUCAUUUUUCUAGUGACUUGUUUUCAAUAAUAUGAAUUUUUAAAAUGGGGCAUAAUUUGAUUGCCUGAAUGUUAUAAAAAAAAACUACUCAAACAAUAAACUAAAAAAAAAAAAAAACUUAAAUAUUUAUUCCUGUAUUACUUUUUAAAAUGUAUGCAGAUGUUUUAUUGUCAUGUUUUGUCAUCAUUUACAGUUACAGUAUAAUAAUGUUACCGGUAAUAAUGAAUUUUGAAGCUCGACCCCUUCAGUGCUACAGAACGAAAAUGAGUUCAUUUCUACAAUAAUAAUCUGUUUUAAAAGACAAGAGAAAUUAUACAUCAGUUUAUAAUUCUCUCUUGCCAUGAAUGAAAAAUAUCACUUACCGGUACCUUGAAUCUAUGGCAACUAAUAUUUUAUUGAUCGAAACCGCAGUGGUUAAAUUUUGUAUUCGCAGUUUGGACCCAAUGUUUUUAAAAGAACAAGAUUAAACAUCCUGCGACUCUGAGCACUAGUUAAACUCAUUUUCUACGCACAUUUCUCCUUGUUGUAAAACUUUUGUAGGCAUUGUAUAAAUUAUUAUUUUUUUUUGUCCUAUGGAGCCGACAUUGACAAAGCUAAGGUAAGUACUUUAUCAUCAUAGAAUGAAUUCAUUGGCAGUCCUUGAUUACCUCUCUGUCUGAAGAAUUCCGCAAACAAACGAGUUUCUGAAUAUCACAUUCGCCAAAGGGGUGACAACCUCUGAAUCCUACACCCACUCAAUGGCGUCUCCAAGUCAACGUAAGGAACAUGUUUAUGGUUGUGUGAAACCAGCAGAUCUAUACCGGCGAGUCUUUCUUACGUUCCCACCAAGUGCAAUGGAGAUGUUUGCUAUUUCUUUUCACCUAAUUAGAUCUAGAUCUAUGUCAUCUCUUGAGCCGCGUUUCCAAGAUGGUGCACAGUGAGGCAAGGAAAACGUAUGGGCCCGAAAUGGAAAAAAUUCUGAAAAAGGCAGCAUCGAUGUUCCCUUUAUCUUAUUGCUUUAAUUCAUAGGCUAGUGAUGACAACUUUGGUUACCUGCUCUUUGUUUAUAAAAAAAAAUAAAAUGGCCGGUAUUAAAAAGUUUGUGGUGCCUACUGUCGAAGAAAUGGAGUGUGCUUGUGACCAAAA